AUGGACGCCCGUUCUAGACGCGUUGAGGAUUUCGGAUACACGCCGCUGUCCAAGGAUGAAGUCCGUCUGGCCAGGAACAUCUAUGAAGCGCUGGACCACCUCAGCCACGAGCACCGUGACAAGGUCCUGGGGUUCGACGCCUUGGGUAUUGACCAAGACAACGUGCAAGAGAAGGAGCAGCAGGUCAGAAACAUGGAACACAUUCGCCAGGAAGCGCGCAAAGUUGAGGAAAUUGCCCUGGCAAAGAGGGCUACCGCCUACUGCGGCAGCUACAAGGUCCCGUGGCUCGACUUCUCGGACGCUAUCAGCCUUUACGGCUCCUCCUUGAAACAGGUCUCUUUUUCGAACAAUGCAUUGAGGAGGGAUGGCCAAGGGAACAUUCUCGGUCACCGAUGGAAUGUCGAAGACCUCCUUGCGCUGUUGCCCAUGUUCCAAACGCAGGUUCCUCAUAACGCCAUCUUCGUCAUCCUGUCCAUGGCGUCAGACCGGUCCGCGUUUGAGGAUGCCGAAUACACUUCCAGGAACAAGAGCUCGUCCAUGCUCUUUGCGAGAGGGGCUGUGUGUGCUUUUGUCUCGGAGCUGGGCGACGUUUGCGAAAAUGGCAUCAUCCCCAGGAACUGGCUCGAGGCGCGGAAAGACAGGCGUGGGGAAAUGCCCGAUCUCUGCCGCCAAGGAACAAGUGGUUCUGAGUAUGCGGGGAGCCUACCCGACAGAAUCUUGAGGAAGGACAGGGGCCAUCUCAGCGACUACUUGAGGCGGGUCAACGCGUGCGUGUGGGGGAGGCGGUUUCUGAUCUCGACGCGCGAGAGACACGGGUACUAUGGCCUAGUGCCGAGGCGAGGGGGACCGGCGGACCUGAUCUGCCUUCUUGAGGGCCUGCGGCUUGCACUCCCGUCGCCUGGGGGCUUGAGCGCAGCAGCCGAGGAGAAGAUUACCUCGUCGUUGCAAAAGGUCGUGGCUGAGCGUCUAUCAAAUUGCGCCGGGGGUAGAUUGAAAAGGCCCGAGUCAUCCUUCUCGGAGUAUUCGCCGGGCUCGGUGAUAUGGGGUGAGAAGAUAUAUCCCAACUACUUGAUCAACAUUGAGGGCUUGGGCUGGGUCGACAAGCCUUCCGAACAUGUGUUGGCCAGCAAAUUUCAGUGCAUCUUUGACAAAAUCAUUCGGAAUGUACUUGAGAAAGGGAUUGCCGCUGGAAGAGUCGGUGGACGCAACGUUGGGCCUCUUGUCGAAGCAAGCCGCCGUGAGAUGCUGCAGUCCGCACUCAGGACCUUCUUCCAAGACCUAAUGGAUGAAGCAGUAGAACAUCCGCCAAACGCAUCCUUGUUGGCCGAUAGCUCUGCCCCGAGUCUUUCAUGGGCAGAUGUCCCCGUCCGCCAGUUAUUCCAGGCCUUGUUCGCCAGGGCGUGCGAACGCGCCUUCAAGUAG